AGGAGUGGCCUGAACUUCCCAAGGCUGUGUCGGUGGAAGUGGGGGAUUGGCCUGGAGUGCCCAAGGCUGUGGAGGAGGUCCCUGUGGAGCGUCCCCGCAGACGCAUUGUCUUCAAGAAGAGGCGUACUUCUCAGCAGCAGGUUGCAGCUGCAGAUGUUGUGGAGGUGAUGAGUGGACCAUCACCUGUGACCAUUGAAGACUGUCCCCCUCUGCACAGCUCCCCAGACCUCAUCCAAAGUAAGGUCGCUGCUAAUGUUGAUACUUUGCCGGUAACGUUUGAUGCUGGGUCUGUUAGUUCAGGUGAAGAGGAGAUCAUAGUGGUCUCUGAUACAGACAGUGAGGGUUCCAUUUCUUUUGGGUGGACUGAUACUUUGCCACUAGCCCAAGGUUCAGGGUCUGUUGGGGCAUGUGUAGAUGAGGUCACAGUGAUCUCUGAUACAGACAGUGAGGGUUCCAUUUCUUUUGGGUGCUUUGAUACUGUGCCGCGAAGUUUUGGGGUGCGUUCUGUGAGGGGAUCCUUUCAUCAGGGGGAUCAGCGUUUUAAAUAUAGAGGUGUACAGUGUAUGGCAGUAAGUUUGGCUGCCAUGGCAAUGCAUAAGACCAAGAGUGUGUUUUCUUGGCAAACGAGACAUCUGGACAAGGCUGUUGUUUGUGGUGACAAGAUUUACACAUCUUUGCGUGACAAUAACUUGAUUUGUGGUGGGCACACUAUCCCGUGUAUUCCAGAGUUACCAAAGCAGUUAGAUAAAGAUGGCCAUAGUUAUGAUUUUGAGUAUGGUGACUUUGUGACUGGGGAUGUCAAUGUGGUUGAGGGAGAGUUUAUUGAUGCAGGUGUGUGCACAACUCUCAAGGACGGUUUGGAAAAGAUGUGUAUGGAAUAUGACACUUGCUUUUUCACAUUGUUAUCCCGUACUUGUGGGAUUAUUAGGGAAGGGGAACGGUUUGCUGUUGUUGACUCUCAUGCACGCAGUGCAGAUGGGAUGGUGCAUCCCAACGGAAAGAGUGUUGUUGUGUAUUUUAGUAGUCUUGAACACUUGAUUCAGCAUGUUAGCUGUUUUGCUGCAGGAUUCAGAGGGACACAGAAGUUGUUUGAGAUUGCUGGUGUUCGUGUCACUGUGAAAGUAGAUGGUGGUGGUAGCCAGUCAUCUUCAGGGAAGAUUGGUGCAAAGCGCAAGGCUACUAAAAUGCCUACUCGUACCUCAAAGAGGUUUAAAAGGAGUGACCCAGUUGAUUCAGAUGUAGCAUUUGUUAGUGAGGUUACAGUUAAGGAGUUGGUGUUUAACCCUGUUCGUAAUGAUGUAGCUCGAACUUUAUGUGACAAAUUACAUGUUGAGUCAGAGAAAGUCGACGAUUUGUUUUCAAUAGUUGGUGUGUUGGGGGCUCCGUGCAAAAAGGACACAAUAGUUGGUGAUGGCAACUGUUUUUUUAGAUCAGUCAGUCAAGCUGUUUGUGGUUCACAAAAGAAUCACAGGAAAAUUAGAUUAGCUGUAGUUAAACAAUUAGAAGACAAUGCUGUAGCUUAUGAGAGCAUUUUGAGAAGUGAGUUCUCGUCAGUGUCAGAUUAUGUCAGUAAGUCAAGGAUGCGUUAUGUCGGCAGUUGGGCGACAGAGGUUGAGAUUCAAGCAGCAGCAGAUUGUUUAGGAGUUUCCAUUUUCACUUACAUUGGUGAUCGCUGGCUUGAAUAUAGUUGUAAGAAUAGGCAGUUUUCCAGUCAGGCAGUGUACUUAGAUAAUAUCAAUGGUAACCACUAUGAGACUGUUGUUUGUGUUCAUCAGCCACAGUCACAGUUUUGUUAUGGUUACUGCAAAGUAGGUGAGGCUACAACAGGCUACAAUCUUAGACAACACUGUGAUGUAGAGGUAGAGACAACUGCCACAAACACAAACUAUUGUUUUUCAAAGUAUUUGAAAAAGAAAGUUUUCUAUCAAAAUACAAUUAAAUAUAAAGAAAAUGUGUUACAGAAGCUGAAACGUCAAGAAAGGUCUAAACGUAGAUAUCAUGAAGAUGCAAUGGUUAGAUACAAAUGUAAUCAGAGUAGUGUACAAAAGUACAAACAAAAUGUUAGGCAUAGGGAGAUGGUUAAAGCAGAUAGCAAAAUCAAAUAUAAGCAAGAUGUUAGGCACAGGGAGGUGGUUAAAACAGGUAGCAAAAUAAAAUACAAGCAAGAUGUUAGGCACAGGGAGGUGGUUAAAACAGGUAGCAAAAUAAAAUACAAGCAAGAUGUUAGGCACAGGGAGGUGGUUAAAACAGGUAGCAAAAUAAAAUACAAGCAAGAUGUUAGGCACAGGGAGGUGGUUAAAACAGGUAGCAAAAUAAAAUACAAGCAAGAUGUUAGGCACAGGGAGAUGGUUAAAGCCUUUAGCAUAAAAAAAUAUAAGCAAGAUAUUCAUCACAGGGAGAUGGUUAAAACAGUGAGUAAAAUGAAGUAUAAGCAAGAUGUUGAGUAUAGAGAGAGUUUGAAAGCCAAAAGCAAAGUACAAUAUACAAGUGAUUUAACACAUAGACAGAAAAAAAAAGAGCUGAGCAAAAAAAAGUAUCAUAGUGAUCCAGAGAUCCAGUUGCGUGUUAAAGCAGUCAACAAAGUGAAAAGGCAGCAGUUAAAAAACAAGCCAGCAGAUUUUGAUUUUGUAAUACAGCAAUUUUUGUGUAAAGUUAAAGAUGGACCAGAUUUUGUGUGCUGUGUGUGUCAAAGGUUGUUGUUUCAAUAUCAGGUUUUGAGCUGUAAAAGAAGCAAUUAUAAUAACAGUGACGACAUGGCGUUAAUUGCAGACAAAUGUAUUUCAGAUAAAUAUUUGCAUACAUGCAAUGAGAUUUGUGUAAGUCCAUGCCAGUUGUUACAGUCACCUAGAGGUCAGUUGUGGAUUUGUCGUACGUGUCAUUCCAAAAUAAAUAAUAAACAAAUUCCUCCUGAGUGUGUUGUUAAUAAUUUAGAUGUUCAUGAUGUUCCUCCUGAAUUGGCUUGUUUGAACAGUUUAGAGCAACAUUUGAUAGCGUUGCACAUUCCAUUUAUGAAAGUGUUGGCAUUGCCUAAAGGAGGACAAAACGGUGUUCAUGGACCAGUGACGUGUGUCCCAGCAAAUAUUGUGGAGACAAAUAAUUUGCUUCCUCGCUCAAACAUGGAGGGGUCUUUGUUGCGUGUGAAACUCAAGCGUAAGCUAACGUAUAAAGGACAUUAUGAGUAUCAGUAUGUUGAUACAAUGCGUAUAAGGCAGGCUUUGUCGUAUUUGAAACAGAAUAACAUGUACUAUAAAGAUGUUGAUUUUAAUGAAGACUGGCUGAAUGACUUUUGUCGCGAACAAGAGAAUGAGAGUGUAGUACAGGAUAGUGAUGUUUGUGUUGGAAAGGAUGAAACACCUGCCAAGGUGGAUGAAGGUGAGGAUGAACUGUUGCAUGACAGGCAGCAACAUUGUAUGUUUCAGGACACUUGUCUCAUGCCUGUAGAUAUUGGUCAGGAAACACUUGAUCAGUAUUAUGAGGGUGUUUUUAAUGUGGCUCCAGCAGAAGGUAACAGUCCUGUGAAGUUACUUUCUAAUCGUGAGAAUGAAGCUAAAUGUUUUCCAGUGUUGUUUCCACAGGGACAUUCUGUGUUUCAUGACAAUAGAGAGCAUCGGUUGACAUUGUCGCGCUAUUUCAAUAACCGCAUUCUUCAUGCUGAUGGCAGGUUUGCCCAGAAUGUGGAGUAUAUUUUUUUUGCACAGUACAUGUCAGAGUUGGAGCAGGUUGUGUCAAAUGUGUCUAUAGCUUUGAGGAAAGGCAAAGGAAGUCAUGUUCCUAAAAGAGUUAGAGAUGUGGUGAAUAAUGAGGAGUCUUUAAGGAAGUUGUUAGAGUUUGAUGAUGGUUAUCGUUUCCUUAAGCCUAUUAGAGGCACUCCUUCAUUUUGGCAGGCAGCGCAGCGUGAUUUACUUGCAUGUGUGCGUCAGCUUGGUGUACCCACUUGGUUUUGUUCAUUUUCUGCAGCAGACAUGCGCUGGACAAACUUACUCGGUAGUAUUUUGAAACAGGAAGGGAGAGAACAGACAGCUGAGGAGUUACAGUGGGCAGACAAAUGUGAGUUGUUGCGUCGUAAUCCUGUAACUGCAGCUAGAAUGUUUGAUUUUCGAUGGCAUUGUUUUUUGAGGGAAGUCCUUAUGUCUCCCUCAAACCCUAUAGGUAAAAUUAAGGACUAUUUUUAUCGUGUUGAAUUUCAGCAGCGCGGGUCUCCACAUGUACAUUGCCUGUUUUGGAUUGAGAAUGCUCCCUUAAUUGACCAAAACUCAGAUGAAGAGGUAGUUGAGUUUAUUGACCAAUAUGUUACAAGUGAACUACCCUCUGAUGAUGACACAUUAUUGGACAUUGUGUCAUCUGUGCAGGUGCAUUCAAAGCGCCACUCUAAAACAUGUAAAAAGAAAAACACAGUGUGCCGUUUUAAUUUUCCGAGGCCAGCAUCUGCCCAAACAUUUAUUAGUCGUGUUAAAGUUGAUGAGGAGAUAGAAAAAUGUAAUUGUGAAAAAACUGAUUCAACAGAGACUGUGUGCCUUAAAUGUAAAGAGCGUGAUUUUGAAGAAAGGAAGGCGCGUAAAGUAAGGGCUCAUGAAAUUUUGGCAAAAAUUAAGGAAGCACUGUCGGAUGAAAAUCAGAGCUUUGAUACAGUGGAGCAGUUGUUUGAAACUUUAAAUGUAACUCAGGAAGCAUUUGAAGAUGCAUUCAAUCGAACGACUACAGGUACCAAAGUAGUGUUAAAGAGGCAGGUGAAAGAGGCUUGGGUUAAUCAGUAUAAUAAGCAACUUUUGAAGUGUUGGAAUGCAAACUUGGACAUUCAGUAUGUGGUGGAUGCCUAUGCAUGUGUUGUGUAUAUCAUUUCAUACAUUUCAAAGGCAGAAAAGGAAAUGGGGUUGUUAUUAUCAAAUGCCCAAAGGGAAGCAGCUAAAGAUGGUAAUGUUAGUGCUAAAGAGGCUCUAAAAAAACUAGGUGGUGUUUAUUUACACAACAGGGAUGUGUGUGCUCAGGAAGCAGUUUAUAGGUUGACUAAUAUGCAUUUGAAGGAGUGUUCUAGGAAGGUCAUGUUUGUACCAACGGGGGAGAAUGUAGUAAAGAUGAGUUUGCCUUUAAAUGUGUUAAAACAAAGGGCAGCUACAAAUGAUAUUAACACAGAAGAGAUGUGGAUGACCAGUUUGGUUGACAGGUAUAAGAACAGGCCCAAUGAUAGCAUAUUUAAUGACAUGUGUAUUGCAACAUUUGCUUCAGAGUAUCGGGUAUUAAGUAAAAAUGAAAACUGUAAAACAAAAAUUGCGUUGAGCAACAAUUGUGGUUUUGUUACAAAGAGAGUCAGAACAGAACCUGCUGUAGUGCGUUAUGCUCGGUUCUCAGUAACAAAAAAUCCAGAAUUGUUUCAUUUGAGUAGAUUACAGUUGUUCAUGCCAUAUCGUGUUGAUGAGCAGUUAAAACCAGAGGGUUUUGAAACAUUCCAACAGUUUUAUAACAAUGGUAAUGUUGUGUUGUGUGACGGAUCUGUACAUCAAGUAAAAACAGUGGUUGAUGAUAAUAGGAGCAGGUUUGAAGUUGAUGCAGACAUGUUAGACGAUAUUCAAAAUAGGAUUAAUUUAGAUGGUGUGGAAGAAGAUGCGUGGUGUCAAUUGUGUCCAGAACAGGAGUUGGAACGUUUAGAGGCUGUGGAGGAAAUGGCAGAGAGACAGGAAGCAGAGGUCGAUCAGCAGGAGCAUAUUCCAGAUUUAGCUGUUAAUCGUGAACAGGUACAACAUUUGGAAAAAAUGAACAAUGUAAUGUGUAGGAGUGAUGGCUUGUCAUUGGUUAGGUCUUUGAAUGAUACACAGAUGCGUGUUUUUUAUCAAACUCGGCAGUGGUGUUUAGAUAAGUGUUCAGGGAAAAAUCCACCUCCUCUACAUGUCUUUAUUACAGGUGGUGCUGGAACUGGUAAAAGUCAUUUAAUCAAAGCUAUUCAGUACGAGUCAAUGAGGUUAUUAUCACCGUUGUGCAGUAAUCCUGACAAUGUGAGUGUUUUAAUAACUGCACCAACAGGUAUUGCUGCAUACAAUCUGAAUGCAGCAACAAUUCACCACACAUUCAGUAUUGGAGUUGAUGUACGCUUACCGUACAGUCCACUAGGUGAAGAAAAGAUCAAUUCUCUCCGUGCAAAGUUCACUGAUUUGCAAAUUUUGAUAAUAGAUGAAAUCUCAAUGGUAAAUGCCAAUCUUUUGGCAUAUAUUCACGGUAGAUUACGGCAAAUGAAACAGAGUGGUAACCUCCCAUUUGGAAACAUUUGUGUCAUUGCUGUCGGAGAUUUUUACCAGUUACCUCCAGUAAGAGGAAAACCCCUGUAUGUGGAGGAUUUGAAUAUUGACUUGUGGUCUUUGUUUUCAGUUGUGCAUUUAACAGAAGUAAUCAGGCAAAAAGACAGUGCGUUUGCGGAAUUGUUGAACAGGGUUAGGAUUCAUAGCAAAGGGACACCAAUGUUAAGAAGUGAUGUUGACACUUUAAAACAUUGUGAAACUGGUGAAGUCAGCUCAGCUUUACACAUUUAUGCGACAAAUCAACAAGUCAAUGCACAUAAUAUUCAGCGUUUGUAUGAUGUGUGUCGUGACUAUGUCACUAUUGAAGCUCAGGAUUUUCAGAACAACAGGAGAACAGGGAAGUUGGAAUUAAUUCAAGGCCAUCAUGCUAAAGCUAAGAAUACUUAUUUGGCUGAACAGUUGUUGUUAGGUGAGGGUGCACGUGUGAUGUUGUGCCAAAAUGUUGAUGUGAGUGAUGGCCUGGUGAAUGGAGCUUGUGGUGUUGUAACACGUAUCGUCAAAUCAGAGCGUGUUCAGUUUCCAAUAAAGGUUUAUGUUAAAUUUGAUGAUGAGAAUGUAGGUGCAGAGAGGAGACGACAAUCACCAAGUGUUUCAGCUGAUGUAGCAGGUUCUACAGCUAUUGCUCCAGAGGAGGAGAGAGCUUGUAAGAAAGGUGGUUUGAGACGUCAAUACCCACUUAAGUUAGCAUGGGCGUGUACAAUACACAAAGUUCAGGGCAUCACAGUAAAUAAUAUUGUUGUUUGUUUUGACAAGAUAUUUGCAGCUGGACAGGCGUAUGUUGCUCUAAGUCGAGUCAGGAGUUUGUCAGGUUUGAUUAUUGAACAGUUUGACGAGAAGAAGAUUUAUUGUAGGGGUGACAUUAAAGAUGCAAUCCAAACAAUGUCUCCAUUCUUAGUUGAUAGUUUAUUAGGGCAGCAAUUGAGGGCAAGCAGGUUUGGUGUUUUUUUGAUGAAUGUGCAGGGAUUGACUCGACAUGUGCCAGAUUUGGUGUUGUGUACACAGCAGUUACAGCUGAACUGUAUUGCUGUCACUGAGACAUGGUUAGCAGCAGAUUUUUCAAUGGAAUCAAUAAAUAUUGAGGGUUAUAGAUUUUAUGGUUGUUCACGCAGUUCAUCUUACAGUAGUGAUGACCCCAGACUAGUUACAUUAAAAGAUCAACUACAUGGUGGUGUUGGCAUUUAUAUUGCACCAAACACAGAAUUUGAGAUACAAGAAGUUCCUCCUUUUAAUUUGGAGUGCAUAGUGUCCAAAUUUACUUCACAUAAUCUAGUUAUUGCAGUUAUAUAUCGACCACCAUGUUAUCCCAUGACAUUAUUUAAGACAAAUUUAGGCAACUUUCUUGAUUGGCUGGAUUCAGUAAAUGGAACCAUUGCAGUCAUGGGAGACUUUAAUGAUGAUAUUUUGAAAUUAUCAGCAACCUGUCCACUUUUAACAGCGAAAGGAUAUAUGCAAAUUGUAACAAAAGCAACAACAGAGAAGGGCACUUUAAUUGAUCACAUUUACGUUAAAAGAGCAGAUAAUGGGGCAGAAUCAUUAGUGCUGCCUACAUACUUUAGUGAUCAUGAGGCAGUCUUAUGUUUAUUGAAGUGAUUACAGUCUGUGCCUCCACAUUGUGGGUGCUUGACCCAAAACGACAACUGGAAUAAUCAAUGUUUUAGUUGUUUUCAGUCUCUUUGAUGAAUAGUUUGUGGGCAUGUGUUACUACAUUAUGAAUUUAAAUGUGUGAAAUGUAUGAGAUGUCUUAUGGCUGUAUAUGAAAUUGCUGUUGUACUUGUUGUAUGUAAUGUGUCAUUGCUGUUUAUGAAAUUGCUGUUGUAUUUGUGGUAUGAAAUGUGUUAUUGCUAUACAUGAAUUGCUGUUGUGUUUUUUGUAUAAAAUGUGUUAAUACACUAUGAAAUUGCUGUUGUAUUGAUAUUGUUAGUGUAAUGAUAUUGUUGUUUUUACCUAUUUAAUUACCUAUUUGUUUUGCUGUGCAGAUACCUGUGUAUUCUGGGUUGUAGGUUGUGUUUGUGUAUAUUUAUUUAAAUUUGUAUUUAUGUCACAUCAUGAAGACAAUGUAAUAAAACAAUUAUGUUACUGUUUGAAUAAAUGUAUGUCCAACACUGUCAUGCAUUUGCUGUUUGUCUAUGUAUGUCUCUGUCCCUCUCUCUCUUCUUUCUACCCUGCUCCUCCAUUAUAACUUUGUCUUCCCCUCUUUUUGCCCCCCCACAUCUCCCCUGUAACCUCUUUCACUUUUCCACCCCAACCAUUCAAGGCAGAUGGCUGCACAUGUUUGAUUCUGGUUCUGUUUGAGAUAUCUUCUUGUUCUU